GUUAUAUGUAUUAAAAUGUCAUUAGCGUUGGUAAUUUUCUAUAUUGCCGUUGUCUGCCUGGGUACAAAUGCUGUUGGUAAUGGUGAGAACGGUGAUACUGGUACUGGUAGAGAAAGCGUACCCCUACCACAAUCAAACCCCUCCAAUUCCAACAAUCAGCUUGAGCUUGAGGAGGAGGCUGUUGGUGCUGUCAAUUCAAAGCAGCAAGAGCAAGAAUUUGUUAGAGAAAUGGAAGGGAGGCCUAAGUUGACCGAUGAACCGUCCUGGAAGAAGUUGCAAGAAACUUAUAACAGAAGUGGAGAUAAACUCAACAUUCAAAAAUUGCUAAAAGACGAUCCUAAAAGAUUUGAAACCUUCAGUUUGAAACUUAAUACAGGGGACGGGGAUAUUUUGAUUGAUUAUUCUAAGAACCGAAUCAAUGAUGAAGUCUUCAAUCAACUUUUGGAAUUGGCAAACGCUCGCAAGGUGAAAGAAGCACGAGAUGCGAUGUUCCGUGGGGACAAAAUCAACUUCACAGAAAAGCGAGCAGUGCUUCACAUAGCUCUGAGGAACCGGGACAAGAACAAGAGUAUCCUGGUGGAUGGCAAAGAUGUGAUGCCUGAUGUGAAUGCAGUGUUGCAGCAUAUGAAGCAAUUCAGUCAAGAGGUGAGAUCAGGAAAAUGGAAAGGAUACAGUGGAAGGUCCAUUGAAGAUGUGGUCAACAUUGGAAUUGGUGGUUCUGACUUGGGGCCUCUGAUGGUGACUGAGGCAUUGAAGCACUAUGCAGAUGGACCAAGGGUUCACUUUGUCUCCAACAUUGACGGAACCCAUAUUGUCGAGACGCUCAAGAAACUGAAGCCCGAGACUACUCUCUUCAUUAUCGCCAGCAAGACUUUCACCACCCAGGAGACCAUCACUAAUGCCAACACUGCCAAGAGCUGGUUCUUAAAGGCCGCUAACGACAAAAAAGCAGUAGCCAAACACUUUGUAGCUUUGUCCACCAACAAGGCUAAGGUGACUGAGUUUGGUAUCGAUGAGAAUAACAUGUUCGGGUUCUGGGACUGGGUGGGCGGCCGCUACUCUCUGUGGUCAGCCAUCGGCCUCUCCAUCUCUCUCAAUAUAGGCUUUGAAAACUUUGAGAAACUGUUGGAUGGAGCACACCACAUGGAUCAGCAUUUCCUCACUGCCCCCUUGAAUAAGAAUGCCCCUGUAAUACUUGCUCUCCUGGGAAUUUGGUACCACAACUUCUAUGGUGCUGAAACUCAUGCACUGCUGCCCUAUGAUCAGUAUCUACACAGGUUUGCUGCUUACUUCCAGCAGGGUGAUAUGGAGUCAAAUGGAAAAUAUGUAACAAGGAGUGGAGAGAAGGUGAAGUACUCGACAGGUCCCAUUGUAUGGGGAGAGCCAGGCACAAACGGACAGCAUGCAUUCUAUCAGCUGAUUCAUCAAGGCACCCGACUCAUCCCCUGUGACUUCAUAGCUCCCGCCAACUCUCUCAACCCCACUGACGGAGGGAUACAUCACAAGAUCCUUCUUGCAAACUUUUUAGCCCAGACUGAAGCUUUAGCCCUGGGAAAGUCUUCAGCAGAGGCAAGGGCAGAACUUGAAAAGUCUGGUAUGCCUGAGAGUGACAUUGAAAAGAUUCUUCCCCAUAAGGUGUUUGAAGGAAAUCGGCCGAGCAAUUCAAUUGUAUUAAAGAAAGUCACACCAUUCACUUUAGGUGCACUCAUUGUACUUUACGAACACAAAAUCUUCACUCAGGGAGUGAUCUGGGACAUCAACUCAUUUGACCAAUGGGGGGUGGAGCUGGGAAAACAGUUAGCCAAAGCCAUCGAGCCCGAGCUACAAAACAAAGAUACUGUCAAUUCUCACGACCCUUCCACUAACGGCCUCAUCAACUUCAUCAAACAAAACUGGUAAAACAGAGCUGCUAAUGGAAAAUAUCACUGCCCUCUCUAACUUAAAAUGUGGAGAAUAGGUUUUAUUAAAUUUGUCUUUGGUGUUUGAUUAACGGUAUUUGAACCAAAAUUUGUAAUUGUUUCAACGGUGUUUCACGGUGCUUUACUUCGGUGGGUUCCUGGAAAUUGUAUACAUUCCUUCUGAGCUUUUCUUGAAAUGUUCUAUAUUUAGUAUUAUGGCAUUGGAUUUUCUUGAAUUUUAUAUUUUUUAUACAUUCAAUACUAUAAUCUCAUCUAAUCUUCGUCUGUUUACUAGAAGUUGGUUCAAAACUUGAAAUUUUUAUUGGUAACGAUGUAAUGUUAUGCAACAUUAUCCAGGUAAAAUAUUAAAGUUAUUUUAUUUUUGGAUUAACAAUAAUUAAAUGCCUUAUGAUUUUUGUUUUAUAGGGAAUCUGGAAACAAAAGACGAUUUCUUGAAAGAUGGGAAUGGCUUAUUUACAGUCCAUUGAAAACUUUCUUAAGAAUUAUGCAUGACUGGAGUAUGCAAAUAAUAUGUUUACUACCGUUGGUAGCCUAAUUAAUAAUGCUGUAAAAUCAUAGUACAUUACAGCUUUGAAACGAGAUUCUUAUCACUGGUUGAUUAUUUGUAGGCCAACUGUUUUUUUUUUGUUUUUUUUUUAUAUAAAAUACUGAUACAUUAGUGUUUGUAAAUUUAAAUUUUAGGUAUUUCUGAGCCUAUUAAUAUGGUAGAUAAACUGUCAAACUAAGUCAUUUGGCCCAAUAACAUGGUCUUCUGUUAUGUAGUAAACAGGUGUUUAGAUGGUGUUGUACUUUAGGUGUUUUGUAGAUUAUUUUUGUAUAAAUAUUUUAUUUUCGUUAAAUUUGCUAGUUGAUGAUUAUUUGCCAGUGAUGAAAUAAUGUACAUGACAUAUUUAUUUAGAAAAAAAAAUAUAUAUACAUGUUG